AUGAGGCAGGGGCUGCCGUUGAGCGCUGGACCCUGCAGACCACCUCGGGCUCAGUGCAUGGCAGAGUGGACCACCCUCCAGGCCCACCUGGACCCUGACGCCGCACAGGUCGGCAUGGCCGUGGCGGGCGGCCAGGACCUCGCACGCGGCAUACACGGUGAUCACCACCCCCGCGCAGUCCAGCUGACGCUUGGCUGCGGACUUUACUCCUCCGGAAGAAGUCAAGAGCGCCACGAAGCUGUGAAGAUGCUGCGUGAGGGGGUGAGUGGGUGA